UUCUCCUUCCAGGAAAAUGGCUGGGGGGCAUCCCUUGCUGAGAGACUGGUCAGAAAAUGUGAUGUUGUGAACCGUGGGCUCUCAGGGUACAACACCAGGUGGGCUAAAUUGAUCCUUCCAAGACUGAUCAGUAAAAGUACUGGUGCCGAGAGUACUGUUGCCGUUACUAUUUUCUUUGGAGCCAAUGACAGUUCUUUGAAAGAUCUGAACCCGAAGCAACACGUUCCUUUGGAGGAAUAUGCUGCGAACUUGAAGAGCAUGAUAGAGUAUCUGAAGUCAGUGGACAUCACUGAAGACAGGAUUAUUUUGAUAACACCACCACCUCUUCAGGAAUCGGCCUGGGAAAAGGAGUGUCUUGCCAAAGGUGACAAAUUAAAUCGCCACAAUGCCACCACUGGCAAAUACGCCCAGGCCUGCGUUCAGGUAGCUAGGGACUGUGGAACGGAUGUGCUCGACCUCUGGACACUGAUGCAGAAGAAUCAGGAUUUCUCUUCCUAUUUGUCCGAUGGGCUCCACUUGUCAACAAAAGGCAGCAGCUUUCUAGCAGCACAACUUUGGUCAUGCCUGGAAAAAAAGCUGUCUGCCCUUCCUUCACUGCUUCCUUAUUGGCGUGACGUGGACCAUACGAACCCCGAGGCCAGUCUUCUGUGAGAUCCGCUGCGGCAGCGAGCCAGAGCAUCCAGGCCUGACAAAGCCA